AUCCGAUGGCUCUGAGGAAACAUGUGAGCUUGCAACAAUACCCGCCGAAGUUGGAAGCUCUUUUUGGUUUUUCUACUCAGAGAUCCGGGUUCCCCCGGACUUGAGAAAAAAACCAACGAUUCUAGUUCAGUUCGGCAGGAGAAGCGGUGUCGACCCCGUUCAUCAACGUGUUCGGAUUUACCAACUCCGUCCAGGAGUGUAGCGAGUUUAGAAGUUUGUUCCGUGCGCAUUUCCACCGGAGCUUGAGUUGAGCUGCCCCUCCGAAAAGAGAUCAACAAUGUCAGGAGCCGCUUCGCCGUACGGAUACAUGCAGGGAGGCUCUUUGGGGGAGCUCUUCGCUUCAGGGGACAUCAGCUCACCGCUCGGCUCAAGCUCCAGCGCAUCUUCGUCAGGACAAACGCCCGGUCAGUCACAAAACUCACACGACAGCAGCGUUGCUGUCUCCCUGGACGGUGCUCACGGUGUCGUAUCCCCGGGUACAGUCUGUGGUGUGGGACAGGGCACUCUGGGGCCUUUAGGGGCACCGAGCUCGAGUCCUCCGUCGCAGAGUUUCUACCCGCAUGAAUAUCCUUCUAGUGGACCUUAUAAGGUUCAAAGAAGGGCUGCAAAUAUUCGGGAAAGGAAACGCAUGAUGAGCAUCAACAGCGCCUUCGAAGAGCUCCGCUGCCACGUGCCAACGUUCCCGUUUGAGAAACGUCUUUCGAAAAUCGACACGCUCAGAUUGGCGAUCGCUUACAUAGCGUUGCUGAAGGAAGUGUUGACCUCGAACUACGAUCCACUCACCCACAUCGAGAAAUGUCUCCGCGGCGAAAUCCGCGGUGAACACUCACACGAGUGGAAUACCAGCGACCUCACGGCUCGACUUUCUUGGAUAAAUUGGGAGAACCUCGGAGUCAACCCAGCCAACCGGAGGACGGCGUUCUCCUCUCUGUCCCUUUCAUCUCCUGACGGUAUACCACCUCCGAAUAUGGGGGGACCUCUGGGUCCUCACCAUUUGAGACACAUGCCUCCACCACACAUGUAGCUGUGCACUCGUUAACGAAGGGAAACAGCGGGAAAAUCCAUGACAUAAGCACGCAGCGGGAUCAAUGAAGGUGUUGCCAUCUUUGAACCUCAUCACGGGAUCCAGAGGAAGAAUAUUGGAACAGGAUCCCCGUUACCACAAAUGCGGAUAUUUGCUGAAUCAAUUCACGACAUUCAACAAUCCAACCGGCACCCAUGUUUCGGCCGUCGAUGAAUGCGGAACUGUAGCGGCGAAAGUGAUCGGAAAGAAAUACCUCUACUCGAGACAACGACAACAGAAGCAGAAUAAGCCCAGGUAAUCGCGCCCAAU